GAUGAAAAGAUGUUCGGAAAGAUGUUCCCAAUAAAUGCCAAAUAUUGAGAAUGGAGGAGUAGGUUUUGAAAAUUUCAUUCUAUUUGAUCCACUACUCUCACCAGUGUUCGUGGAAAUUGUGUGUGUUAUUAUUUGUACUUUUUGUGUUUCGAAGAAGGCGCUAGAGACCGAAGAAGAGAACAAAGAAAAGGACCCGGAGAGCGAUGCGAUUGCGGUGGUCGUGGUGGCGUUGCUACUGCUGCUCUGGGUUUAUCUCUCCCACGACGACGGCGUCCAAUGCACCGGAGCACGCGGCCGAAGGUCGUCGUCGUUGAUGGCCUUGCAAUUGCACAUGACUUGGCUGCCGAGUCUUCUCACUCAGAAGCGCAAGACCGAUCACCCUGUGGGCCUCAGGAACCUCGGCAACUCUUGCUACCUCAACAGCGUCCUCCAGUGUCUCACCUACACUCCUCCUCUUGCCAAUUUCUGUCUUCGAAACCAGCACUCUUCCCUCUGCGAUUCCGCUUCGGAGGAAAGGAAGCGGGACUGCCCUUUUUGUCUACUGGAGAAACGGAUUGUUCGUUCCUUGAGAGUGGAUCUCGCCCAAGACGCGCCGUUGAAGAUCCAGAGCUGUCUCAGGAUUUUUGCCGAGCACUUUCGUUGCGGUCGUCAGGAGGAUGCUCACGAGUUCCUGAGGUACGUUAUCGAUGCCUGCCACAACACCUGCCUUCGCCUCAAGAAGGUGAAGCGCAAGGUGGGUGAUACUGCUGUCAAUGGUAACGGCAGCAGUACUGUGGUUAAGGAGAUAUUUGGAGGAGCCUUGCAGAGCCAGGUGAAGUGUCUCUCUUGUGGCCACGAGUCCAAUAAGGUAGAUGAGAUUAUGGAUAUCAGUCUUGAUAUUUUGCAUAGCAAUUCGCUUAAAGAUGCUAUGCAAAAAUUCUUUCAGCCUGAGAUUUUAGAUGGGAAUAACAAGUACAAAUGUGACAAUUGCAAGAAAUUGGCGGCGGCUAAGAAGCAAAUGUCUAUACUUGAAGCCCCUAAUGUCCUCGUAAUACAACUUAAGAGAUUUGGGGGCAUAUUGGGGGGGAAGAUCGACAAGGCUGUUGCAUUUGAAGACAUUUUGGUGCUUUCUAGCUUCAUGUGCAAAGCAAGCCAGGAUCCAAUGCCAGAAUAUAGGCUCUUUGGUACUAUUGUCCAUUCUGGAUACUCCCCGGAAUCUGGCCAUUAUUAUGCUUAUAUAAAGGAUGCCAAGGGCCAAUGGUAUUGCUGUGAUGAUUCUUCUGUCUCACUUGCGACCCUCAAAGAAGUUUUGUCAGAAAAGGUUUACAUACUUUUUUUUUCUCGCACUAACCAAAGGCCAGUGCCAAUUAGAAAUGGUUUUGCUUCAAAUGGUUCAAGGUCUCAUCACAUUAAUGGAAGUCAGGCAUCUGAAUGUCCAAAAUCUGAUGCAUCACCAAAAGUAGUGCAUGCGAAAUCAAAUUCUCAACAAUCUUCUUGGAAGGACAUGUCCACCGUGCCCAAGACUGGUAAAGAGCUUUCUAGCCCACGAGUGAAGGUUGAUUUUAAUGGAAAUUCUACUUCCAAAAGAGGCCAUGAAAGUUUCAAUGCGAAAAUUGAUGUUCCGUUGAACCAGCCUGUAGUAAUUAAUGGACAUGCAAAAGACUCGGUUGGUUUGGAGAAUGUCAAGAAAGAUUCUUCAUCAAUCAGGAAUGGUUUUGAAAAAAAUAAAUUAGAUGUUGUUGACAACUUAAGAAGGAAGGAUUCAGUCUUAACAAAUAAAAACAGCAGUAUUCAGUCUGUUGAAAAAUAUCCCAGAAAGUCAGAUCUUGUGGAUGACACUGAGAGAAGCAGAGCAAUAUCAGGUAAAGGACCUGAUAACUAUAAGCUAGAAGGCAAUGGUCUCAACAAGCAGUCUAAAUCAUUGGAGAAUAAGAGGAAGGAACCAGUGGCUACCAGCAUUUUGCUUUCCCAUGAUGAUCAGUCUGAAGCAAGAGUUCAGGAACUGAAAGACAUGCUUGAAAAAGAGGCAAAGUCAGUUUUAAGAUCAUGCGGCUGGACAGAUAAGGUGUAUGGCUAUAUGUCUUCUAGAAAGAGGUUGUGCGCACCAAAAGUAGGGAAUUCAUCAAGUGAGGAUGAAAUAAAGAAGUUGCUAAUAAGCGAGGCCAAGGGAGCUUUUAUAUCACAGAUCCCUGAGUCAUUGAAAGAGUGUCUGAUUGAUCGUCUCCGAUUAUUUAGCAAAGAAAAGACACAACUUGGAAGACCGUGAUGAGAAGCAUGCUUGUUGGCAUACAUAUCUUGCUACCGGGCCUUGGUGUUCAUAGUAUGUAUUAUCUAUUGUCCUGGUGAUGUUGAGAUUCUUACUGGGAUGCUCAGUGGGGCAUCCUUAUACUCUGACUGUUCGGGCCUGUGCUGGCUGCAGCAGUAGGUUGUCAUUCAAGCCUUCCUUCACCCAAAAUUGACAUUGUUAUUCUAGAUGCUCCAUCAACAUAUUAAUGUAGCAGUUCAGAUAUGAAGUCUUCUUGCCAUGACUUCUCUUUCUUCAUGGAGGCUGUGCAGCACUAUUUUUUCGAGAGCAUUUUGGAGAUUUUAUUUUGUACGAUAUCUGUUUAGCCAUGUGUUAGCACGGAAUCCUUCUCUUUUUCUUGUAGAAUUGGUAAACAAAUUUUCCAUCCACGAAAAUGAGGGUUUGCUAUGUGCAUAACUUGUGGAUGCGUUCUAUUAACAAUAUAACUGUACACUUUGGUAAGAAUACACCAUUCACUAUGAAAAGGUGGCCCUGGCCUCCAAUAGUUUUCUGCCUCC